UGAUAAUCAAAUAUUGCCGCUGAGCAAAGAUCUGACAUCGCAGAAAAAAAUUGAAAAGCUGAUUCGUGAAAUUGUUAAUAGAUUAGAUGAUGUCAAAAAAUCGAUAAAGAAGAAUUUGUAUUUGAAAG